AUGGUUUCAUGGAAUGUUAGAGCUUUGAAUGAUUCCCAGAAACGUUUGGUUGUGAGGAACUUGUUACGUGAGUGGAAGUGUGAUGUUGUAUGCCUUCAAGAAAUAAAGCUUACUGGCAUAGAUAGGCAGUUGGUUUGCAGUAUUUGGAGUUGUUUGUAUGUGGAUUUGGUGGCGUUAGAUGUUGAUCAGACGACUGGUGGGGUCUUGAUUAUGUGGGAUAGGAGGGUUUUAGAAAAGUUGGAAGUUCUGGGGGUGUAUGGCCCAAAUGAUAACAAUUUGAGGGGUGAUUUAUGGGAUGAGUUGGUGGGUGUUCAGCAGUAUUGGAAUGUUCCCUGGUGUUGUUUUGGUGAUUUUAAUAUUGUUCGUUUUCCUAGUGAACGAAGGGGUGGGUCUAGGCUUACUCCGGCUAUGGAAAAAUUUUCUGAGUUUAUUGAAGAUUUAAACUUGAUAGAUUUGCCGUUGGAGGGAGAGAGUUAUACAUGGUCUAAUGGUACUAACCAGCCAUCUGUGUCUAGGAUCGAUAGGACUCUAGUGUCACAUGAUUGGGAGCAUCACUUUUUGGAUGUGACCCAACGGAUUCUACCACAACCAGUUUCAGAUCAUUUCCCAAUUCUCCUGGAGGCAGGGGGUUAUGGCGAGGGGAAAAAGUCCCUUCUGGUACUUGGAGGGAAUAAAUUAGGUCAUGGACUCAUUGCCAAAGCUUGGACUGAAAUGGUCAAGAUGUUCAAUGGGACUGAAAUGGUCAAGAUGCUCUCAGGCAUAGAUACAAACAUUUGA